UGUAUUUCUGGUACUUGACGGAAGUACAACCUGUACUCCCUCAGUCGUAUUCGUUACGAGGCACCGUUUAAAGGACUGUUAAUUAAUCCCCUUUCAAAGAACACUAUGAAUCAAGAGAAGCUCGCCAAACUUCAGGCACAAGUCCGGAUAGGUGGAAAGGGAACGGCUCGCAGGAAGAAAAAGGUUGUUCACAAAACAGCAACAGCUGACGACAAAAAACUCCAGGGCUCACUGAAGAAACUGGCAGUGAACAACAUCGCAGGGAUAGAAGAGGUAAAUAUGAUCAAAGAUGACGGAACGGUGAUCCACUUCAACAACCCCAAAGUGCAGGCGUCUCUGUCUGCAAACACGUUUGCCAUCACAGGCCAUGCUGAGCUCAAGCAGCUGACAGAGAUGCUGCCCGGCAUCCUGAGCCAGCUGGGAGCCGACAGCCUCACCAGCCUGCGCAAGCUGGCAGAGCAGUUCCCACGGCAACCGAUGGACAUGAAAGCAGUCAAGGAGGAAAUUGCAGAAGAAGAGGACGAUGAUGUUCCAGAUCUGGUGGAAAACUUUGAUGAAGCCUCAAAGAAUGAAGCAAAUUGAUGAAGCCUUUUUCCACCUCCAUCAACCGUUUUAAUGUUUACCUCUUGUGUACCCACAAAGGGCCUUUCCUCUUGUGGGGUUGUUAAAAGGUGCAACACGUCAUCUCCAGAGACGUUGUCACCUCCGGCCUGUCACAACAACAUGCAGAUCCAAAAGGUUUUGAGAUAUGUGUUGGCUGUGAUAUCGUGGACACUCCAAAAAAAAGGACUCAAACUACUUUAGAUUACAGGUUUCUACAUGGUUAAACGUGGCUAGUAUUUAAGAGAUUGUUUAUGAAAUAACAAAGGUGAAGCUUGCUUUACUUAUAGUGGUGAUUUAUGAAUUUAAUAAAGCAGUUUUGGGUUA